CCUUCUUUGAAAUAAUUUGGGACUCGCGUUUGGACGAGAGCGAAAUGGCUAAGUUUGCGAUGUUGCUGUUGCCGGCUGUGGCAGCGCUCACGGCAUUGGCGACAAAUCCAGGGGCGGAGAACGAGGCAGUGACCGUGGAAGCGUGGGGACGAGGCGGAGCGCUCCUCUACACUCUGACCGCUGGAACCACCACGCUUCGCAUCACUGACUGGGGAGCUACGAUCACCUCUCUCACAAUGCUCGAUCCAAGAACAGGAAAGGAUGUGGACAUCGUCCUGGGGCUUGACUCGCUAGAACCUUACAUGGAUGGAACGUCACCUUACUUUGGUGCCAUUGUCGGCCGGGUUGCUAACCGGAUCAAAGACGCCAGGUUCACUCUCAAUGGCACCACGUACUUCUUGAUGGGCAACGAUCAUAACAACACCUUACAUGGAGGAUUUAUCGGCUAUAACAACAUACUCUGGCGGUCUCGAGUAGCAUCAAAGGAUCCUUCUUCACCGUCUGUCGAGUUUCUCCUGUACAGCUACAACACCGAGCAAGGAUUUCCUGGCGACAUAGACGUGACUGUAACUUAUACCUUGUCUGGCGAAAACGAGCUGAGAGUGGAGCUAAUCGCCUCGACCCGGAACAAGAUGACACCGGUGAACUUGGCUCAUCACAGCUACUGGAACCUCGCCGGUCAUAACAGCGGGAGCAUCCUUAACCACACGGUAAAGAUCUUGGCUUCUCACUACACCCCUGUGGAUGCUCUGCUUAUUCCCACCGGAGAGAUUGCUCCAGUGGCGGAAACGCCGUUCGACUUCCUCGAGCCGAUGAGCAUCGGCAGCCGCAUUGAGUCCGUCCCUGGAGGAUACGACCAUAACUUCGCCUUGGAUAAAACCGUUCGAGACGACGAAGGACUUUACCACGCCGUGACCCUGGAAGAUCCCGUCAGCACGAGAAAGAUGGAAAUCUGGACGAACCAGCCAGGAGUCCAGUUCUACUCCGGUAACCAGAUAGUGAGGAUCGAAGGCAAAGGCGGGGCUGUCUAUUCCAAGCAUGCCGGCUUGUGUCUGGAGACUCAAGGCUUCCCUAACGCUGUCAACCAGCCAAACUUUCCGAGCGUGAUCCUCAACUCGGGAGAUGUCUAUAACCAUGUCAUGGUCCAUAAGUUCAGCAGCUCCUUGUGAGAUGUCUCUGCCCUCUUAAGAAAUUCAUGAAUCCACCUCUUCUUGUUGUC